UUUUAUUAUAGGGCAGCAAUAAGAACCCAAAGUCAUUCCAUUUCACUUCCUCAUCGCUACAAAACCCUAAACGCCGGCUGCAGUUGUUUGUGAAAUCAAGGACCAAAAAUGGCCAAGUCGAAGAACCACACAGCUCACAAUCAGUCGUACAAGGCUCACAGGAAUGGAAUCAAGAAACCCAGGAAACACCGUCAUAGCUCCACCAAAGGGAUGGAUCCCAAGUUCUUGAGGAACCAGAGGUAUGCUAGGAAGCACAACAACAACAAGAACGUCGAAUCUGCUAGUGAAGAGUAAAAACAAUUAGAGUAAUAGGCCUUUUGAUUAUUGCUGGUACUGUAAUUUGAUUUUGGGAACUUAAUCUUGGUUGUUUUGAAAUUAUGGUCGCAACUUAUUGGAACUAGUAUUUUAUCAAGUAUGGAGACCAACUUUUCCUUUUAAUCAAUGCCUCUUUCCAAUUCA